AUGGCUCCUAAACGCGUCGUUCAAAAAUAUGACAAGCCUUUUGAUAAUAGAACGACAGAUCAAAAUAACAAAUCAACAAGCGCGCAUAAAAAAAAAAAAACACUUUCAAAUAAUAAAAAUGUUCGUACUUUUGAGGAAAUACAUGAACAUAUUGAUGAAACAUUCGACAGCGGUUCCCAGUACCAAGCAUCUGAACCAUUCGGAUCUGAAACUUUACCACACAAAAAUCCGGAAAAUAUAAAAAAUAAAAAAAAACGAAACCGUAUUAAAUCUAAAAUAAAACAUCACCAUCAUCAUCAUCAUCAUAACCAUAUUAAAGAGCUUAUAAAAACAAUACCACAACCAUAUUCAGUUGAAAAACUUGUGCAUGUACCAAUUGAAAAAGUAGUAGAAAAAGUUGUGCAUGUUCCUAAAAUUAUAAAUGUUACUAUAGAAAAAAUUGUACACGUACCAAUAGAAAAAAUAGUUGAAAAAGUGAUUCAUAUCCCAAAACCAUAUGUUGUUGAAAAAAUAGUUGAAAAAAUAAUUCAUGUUCCCAAACCAUUUCCUGUUCUUAGAACUGUACCCUAUCCAAUUGAAAUUAAAGUUCCGAUUCCAAUUGAAAAAAAAGUACCGUUUCCAUUCAAGGUUGAGAUCGAAAGAAAAGUGCCCAUUUAUAUUCAAACAAAAGAACCAUAUACAUUUGAGAAAUCAAGUAUUGAACACUAUAAUCAAGUCGACCAACUCAAAUCUAAUAUUGAAAGGGAUUUGGGUACUAACCAUCCUCACAAUAGGAUAUAUAAAUUGAAAGAAUUAAACCUUCCUAAUAAAAUAGAAGACCUUCAAUAUAUUUUUCAAACAGAGAAUAAUAAACAUUUAAGGAAGAGCGGCAGUCAUCAAUAUACGUCUGCAAGCGAAACCGUUCUCCCUAGUAAAUCGGAUCUUUUAGUGGACAUGAACAUUGAAGAGCAUAGAAAUUUAGAUAUAACGAAGAGCGCUUUUCAACAAAAUACAUCUGCCAGCGAUAAUAUUCCCCUAACAUUCUUAAGUAACAAUUUGAAGCCAGAUACGAAAAACUCGAAAUUAUACCACACUGGCAUAACUUUACCACUUAUUAAUAACACAACUUUUAUUUUAAGCCCAGAAGAAUCUACAUAUUCCUUUCAUGGCAUACCUUUUUCGCUAUCAUCAAAUUUUGCUUACCUGCAACCAACGGGCUACCAAAAUCAUUUAAGUUUGGAUUCAUCGAUGCCAAAAAUAAGCGCAGAGUCAUCAAAAAUUUAAGAUGUUUUUUCCGCUAUUCAAUUCUACGCAGUAAAUUUCGUUACUAUGAAACUACUUGUU